AGACUACUUCCAGGUUGUAGCCAUUUUGAGUGCUCGACGGUGAAGACGAACCAAGUUGGAGAGGCUCCAGGUGUAGGAACUACAGGGUGAAAUAUGUGGGACCAGGGUGGACAGCCCUGGCCACAGUGGCCAAUGAACCAACAGCAGUGGAUGCAGUCCUUCCAGCACCAGCAAGAUCCAAGCCAAGUGGACUGGGCAGCACUGGCCCAGGCCUGGAUUGCUCAGAAAGAGUCUACAGGCCCUACAGUGGACCAGCAGAACAUUCAUCCUAAUGGACAGGACAUCCCUGGCAUGGAUCCUGUGAUGCCUAAUAACCAUGGCUCCUUCCAGGGUGACACCAAUUUUGGCAGAAUGUGGCAACCUGAAUGGGGGAUGCAUGGUCAGCCCCCUCCUCCUCCCAUAGACCAGGCGUGGAUCCCCCCAGGAACAGGACCCAUGGGGACUGGGCCUAUGGAUGUGGUGGUUCCCUCUGAGGACAGCAACAGCCAGGACAGUCUGGAGUUCUCUGAAGGCCACCACAGGGUCUUCCCCCAGAACAGCCACGGCUUCGGGAGUCAGCCCGACAACUACGCCAUGAACCCAAUGGCCAUAAACCAGUUUGAUUAUCAGCAUGGGGCGGCUGCCACCUACGGUCCCACUCCCACAGGGUUCCACCCUCCAUACUGGCAGCAGGGUCACCCACAGAACAGACGGGACAGGCCCCCAGGCUUUAGGGACCGCCAGAGAUCCCCCAUCCAGAUCCCCAAACAAGAUGCUCCUGCUGCUGCCCUCGCUUUCCCAGGCACGCAGGAAAACAGACACACACACACAGCAUCCAAUGACCUGGCACUCCUCUCAGAUGCGGUGAAGAGGCGCACCCUGCCGGCCUGGAUCCGAGAGGGCCUGGAGAAGAUGGACAGGGAGAAACAGAAGAAGCUGGAGAAGGAGCGCAUGGAGAAACAGCGUGCCGAAAUGGCAAAAGAUGAAGACAAAGAGAGUGACACAGUGGACGAGGGAGGCGAUGGGCCUCGUUUACCCCGCAAGAGUAAAUUUGACAGUGAUGAUGAAGAGGGUGAUGAAGAGGAGAGGGAAGAUGAGGACAGGGUCCUGACCAGGAAGCAGGAGCUGGCCAGCAGGAGCCCGUCACCUCCACUGGAGGACCAGAGCGAACCAGAGAUGACCGAGGAGGAGAGAGAGUUCCAGCUGAUGAUUGUGACUAAAACUCUGCUGACGGAAAUCCUGCUGGAGGUCACCAACGAAGAGAUCCAAACUGUGGCCAAAGAGACACACCGCAAAGCCACCAAAGCUCCUGCCAAACAGCUGGCACAGUCAAGUGCACUGACUUCUCUGAUCGGCAUUGGUGGACUUGGUGACUAUGGCUCGGACUUGAGUGAGAACGAGGAGGAGCACAGCGCCCAGGCGUCCGAGUCCUCUGACACGGACGAGGAGGAGCUGCACCACCGUAUCCGGGAGAAGAUAGACGCCUUCCGACGCAAGGAGAGGGAGCUGCAGGAGAGACAAGCGCAGGAGGCGCAGCACGCACGUGAAGAGAUGGCGCUGGACAGAGUGAGCAGAGAGAGGGGGGAUUAUGACGAGGGCCAGUUAGAGAGCCUCCACAAACAGGAAGUGAGAGAGAGGGAGGCGGAACCCACAGCAGAGAGACGCAGAACCCGCAGUGAGACUGAGGUUAUCAGCGAGGUCAGGCAGGCGGGCCGGGGUAAGGAGCGUGGCGCAGGGCGGGGCACCAGUGGUUCCCCCAGCAACGGACGCAGCAGCAGCUCCCAUUCCAGCUCCAGCAGCGCCAGCAGCCAAUCGUCUUCCUUCUCCUCAUCAUCCUCGACCUCCUCACGCUCCUCUUCGCGCUCCUCCUCGCCCCGGAGGAAGAGGAGGCGCAGCCGCUCCUCCUCACACAGGGCCCGUGUUGGUGGCCGGCGCAGCCACAGUCGCAGCUCCCACAGACGUCACGGAGAGCGCAGCGUCGACAAGGCCCGAGAGAGGAGGAAGGGCAGCCGGAACCACAGCGCAGAGCGCUUAACCCGCCACCGGAACCGUAGCCACUCUCGAGAGCGAAGGGUCAGCAGAGGUGGCAAGAGCAGGUCCAAGGACAGGGCCAGCCGCAGCAAGAGCAGGGACAAGGACAGGGACAGAGACCGGAAGAGGAGUAGGGAGCGCAGGGACAGUCACAGCCGCAGCAAGAGCAGGGACAGAGACAGGAAGAGGAGCAGGGAGCGCAGGGACAGUCACAGCCGCAGCAAGAGCAGGGACAAGGAGAGAGACAGGAAGAGGAGCAGGGAGCGCAGGGACAGCCGCAGCAGCAAGCACAAGCAGAAAGCCUCCAGCAAGGAUAGGGACAGGAAGAAAGACCGGAGCGACAGCCACGACAAGAAGGAGAGAGAGAAGAAGAAGGAGAAGGAGAAAGAGUCAGAUAGGAAGAAGCAGAAAGCCAAAGAGAGGGAAAAGGAGAAAGCGAAGGAAAAGGAGAGGGGGAAGGAGAAAGAGAGGGAUAGGGAUAGGGAGGUGAGCUCUGUGGUGGCGGAGGAGAGCAACGCCAAAUCCAAGAAAAGGAAAGAGAGCAGCGAUCACACAGAACCUCAGGGUGACAGGCACUCCCAUCAGGGUAGCAAGGCUAGCAAGAAGGGCUCUGCCAAAUCUAGCAAGAGGUACUCUGACUCAGAGUCGAGCAGGUCCCCCACCCCCGAGCUUAGCAAGGAAAAGAAGUCUAAGAAAUCCAAACGUAGUCGCUCAAGAUCAACGGAAAAAUCUCACAAGUCUGGUAAGAAGGCAAGCCGCAAAAACAAGUCUAAGUCACGAUCAAGGUCCACGUCUCCCGCCAGGCGCAGGCGUUAAGGAGCGCAGGGCUCCCUGAUAUGUGCACUUACAUUUAAAUUCCAUGAGUUUAACAGGCUUGUCUCAUUAUAGAGGCAACGGUGUAGGUGAACUCUCCACUCCCACCCCCCACCUUCUAUCUUUGUAAAUAUGUGAUUUUUAAGUGCAAGUUGGCAAACAGGACAUUUUCAAUGCUAGGUUUUUGCCUUCUAUCAUGCAAAGCUCGGAGGCUUUGUCGUCAGUAGAAUCUUGGAAAGAUGUCAUUUUAAAAAGCUUAACAGAAUAAACAUAUUAAUGUAAAUUGUCCAAUAAACCUGAAAUGAUCCCUUGUUCUGGGUAUUUUCUUUGUCUACUGUAUAACUGUUCCCGAUGAUGAUGAUGAACUCAUCCAGGACUGCAUGGGAAACACAAUUUAUGUACCACACUAAAGGCAUGACUGAAGUGUUGAAUGUCACUCAUUUGUUAGUGGAGUAGAUGCAUUUAUUUUAAAAAAUAAAAUAAGAUUGACAUGUGUGCAACUGACUUUCAAAUCAUUACUUUAUGAUUUUUUUGAGGGUUAUCAUUAAACCUGCAGUAAUUUGGAUUGAGUGCAAUUGACAACAUGCAUUAUUAAUUGCGUUUAAUUCAUAAUUUGGAAUAGUCUUUUAGAAAUUCUAAUGGCAAAGAGGAACAUUUUUGUAUUUCAGCUAUAUUAACACUACAAAUUCACCAUAUUUUAUAUAUACUGAAAAAAAAACGCACAAUGUAAAGUGUUGAUUUGAUGAGUUGAAAUAAAAGUUUUUCUCUCA